AUGCCGUUUGUUGAAGCUGUCACUCAAAUACCUUCAUACAAGAAGUUCUUGAAAAACAUUUUGAGUAACAAGAAGAAACCUGAAAAGAGUGCAGUUGUGGAUUUGAGUGAAGGAGUUUUGACAUGUGCAGUGCUUCAACAGAAAUUGCCUCCCAAGUUGAAAGAUCCCGGUAGUUUCGCCAUUCCUUGUAUUAUCGGUGGAUUUGUUGUAGGAGGUACCUUGUGUGACCUAGGGGCAAGUGUCAUUUUGAUGCCCUAUUCUAUGUGUAAGAGGCUAAACGUUGGUGAGCCCAAGCCUACCACCAUGACUCUUCAGGUGGCUAAUCGUUCAGUGAUGCGCCCGGUGGGCGUCCUUGAGGAUAUCCCCAUAAUGAUUGAUCAAUACCGGGGGAUUUUGUUGUUCUUGAUGUGGAGGAGGGUGCCAAGGUUCCCAUCAUCCUUGGUAGGCCUUUCCUAG